AUGAUGUCUGACUCUCCUACUAAGCCUCACAUCGCCCUUGUUGGCACAUACUCAGACGACUUCGUGAAGGCCCUGCAAGUCGACAACUUUGAUGUCGAGAGAUGCGACACAAUUCCCGAUCCCAAGACAUGUGCGUCGGCUCUUACGGUGCUAGCUCUUACGGACGGGGACCACACGCUGUCCGAAAACGAUAUCAACGUCCUGCUACGUGCCAGGACUGUUCUUGCAUUAUUCAGGCCAAGCCGCGCACUCUUGGAAACCGUCCAUAAAGCCACCAAUACACCCAUCGAUAUACCAAGUCUGGAACUGGCCGAUGAACUUCCACUCUUGGUGUACAUAGCAAACGGUGUGGUGCACAUCACUUCCAACAACGUUCCUAGCGAAGCCAAGGUUCACGAGCUGGUCCAGGGUGCUCUUGAGAAGGACGGAAAGGCUCCUCCAGACGAAUCCUUUUCAGUGUCUACAGUGGCAGUUGAACCCCACGAGCAAGCUGUGCUCUCCAUCUCUCGUGCCGUUUCUGCGGCACAAAAUUUGAGAGCUUUUGUCUCCAAUCUUGACCCACCCACCGGUGUGAUCGGUUUCAAGAAGGGCACGCUCGAUAAUACGACCCGCAUCACAAUCACUUGGCUCGCUUGGAGGAGGGAUGGCCAUUACAACGUCACCACCACAGAUCCAGCGUAUAUCCAGAAGUACGACCUAAACUGGUACACCGACUUCUACUCGUACGCAACUGGCACCGAUUGCAGGGGUAAGACUGCCGCAGAGUUCACUAAUGCAGGCGGCGUUGUAUAUACCGUUGCCAUCGACCGCGGUAGUCUGCGGCGCUCGUCAGACGGCGCGCCACGAUUCUUGGGGCCUACUAGUGGAUAUUGUGGAUAUUACUUCGUCGACUGCCACCGAACGGGAAACCAUGCUGGCUCUUCUAUGCGGAUGCUGUCCUACCAACCUCGUGGGUUGGAUUCGCAGAGUGGUACAACAUACAAUUAUUCCAUCGACUUCCAACAAGACAUGCAGAUGUUCAAUAACAACGGGAAUUCCACGUAUACGUUCAAGGCCCAAUAUUCGAAUGGCUUCGGCUUGGAUCGGUUCCAACAGCACCAGUUGCAAGACUCCGCGGGAGUUGACUUUUCUGUUGAUUACAAAGAUUACUACGACCACUGGGUUGAUCCAGAAUUCGAUACCCAAACCUGGUGGAACCCUGGCGUCUAUGAGAAGGUGAACAGAGAAGGAUGGGAGCAUUGGAUCGUUCGAGAAUACUUACCGGCCGACAACAUACCCAUCAAUGGCUUAACUCUCUUCUCGUCGAGUGUUGGCAAACAUACUCUCACAUCCAAAUAUCGUUCAUCGUUCAGUGCGUUCAAAUCCAAUGCCUGGCGUACCACUAGCGACGACAGCACUACUCAUUUCCAGGUAGCGUGGACUUCGUACUCUAAUGGAAGUGGUUGGUCGCGCACCCUAGAUUUGACUUGGUCCUUAUAA